CUAAAGCUAAUUUUCUGCAUGAGCGUAAAACACGGCUUAUGUAUAUUGGCAAGAAAUUGAUUUUAAGCAGAUUUUGGAUAUAUAAAUAUGUUUACAUACAAAUUAGACGUGAGUUUAUAUUAAAGUUGUUGGGUAAUGUAGGAAGACAUGCGCUCUUGUCUGUUAAACGGCUGCACUUAGUUCGUUCCUCUUUUCCCCUUAAUGGCUAUUCCAUUCGCAGUGACGUCAUCACGUGACGUCAGAUGCAGAGUUUUCUGGUGGAGAAUUCGAGGAAAAGUUUUACGAAAGUAGAAAGGAAUGGAGAGGCGAAGGUUGUAAUGCAUGCAUUCUUCUCGCUCCGAUCACUUUCUUCUAACUCGCGUUAAAGUUGAUACGGAGGAAGACAUUUUGGACGAAGUAGUCUACAGUUCAGUUAUAGCUAAUCUUUCUCCGGCUUUACCUAAUGCGACUCCUCCAGCUACUCAGACGUCAGAGAUGCUAAUGCUUCAACAACAACAGCACCAGGUAGGGUUUUUACUGCUUAUGUAUAACAAAAUAUAUGUACAAUUUACCACCCGGCAUGUGCGAAUUGAAUGAAGUCGCGAUCAAACUAAAUGAUAAGAGAAAAUCGCGUGCAAACGCAGCUAGAAAUUUACACUGACUGCGUUUUAAGAAAGAAUUUUUACUUUCCCUCUCUUUAUAUCUUAUGACGGCCUUUUUCUCAUUGAAACGACUUGGUCACGAUAUACAUAGUACGUAUGUUCGCGUGCCGUACAUGUUUUGGUGAAGAGAAAUAUUUUAUGAAACCUAUAACCUUAACACGCAGAGAACAUAUUAUUAUGUGUUAUAUAUCUUAUAUUUGAUAUGCAUCGAAUAUAUAUUGUGCAUGAAUUAAUUAUAAGCAAUAAAAAUUUUGGCAUUUCGAGUGCGCAAAUCCAUGCAAAUUUGAUUAUUGAUGAUGAAGACAAGCGCGAAGGAGAGCUAUAAUUGAUUGACUCUCUCGAUUCCAAACUUCUUUUAAGUGAGAUACUGUCAAGAUUGAUGAUGGAAUAGCGCAUAACGUUUUACCUGUGACGAUACGGAUCAACGCUGUUUUUACAUUAAGUGAUAUGGAGAAUUUAACCAUCUAUGACUUUGAUUUCAUCAUCCAGCAUCUGUUUCCUAUUUAGAAAGUCCUACUUGUGUUCCUGCAAGAGAUUAUUUACAAUAUAUGUAGGAUAUGUUAAGCGAAUUUUAGAAAUUAUCUGUAAUGUUUUUAUUUUAAAGAACAGUUCAGUGAAUAACAUACUACAGGAUCAUGAAUUGUAAUAUUUUACAAAGUUAUAUUUUAUAUGCUUAUAUACAAUAUAAUAUUGAAAUGUGAUCUUAAAUGCCCUGUAGGAAAUCACGUUACUUUUUUGAUUGCCUUGUCCGAAUGAAAUUUGAAAUCACUAGGCAAUUAAAAAACUUACACUAAUAGCUAAAUUUUCUAGAAAAUGCUUUGAAGAAAUCACAAGAAAUUAUUUUUUUCUUUUAGUUAUGGAUAAGAAAUGAUCAGUUUUUAUCUGAUUGGACACACCCUAUAUAUGACCUUCAGCUAAUUUGAAAAAAGAUUAUCAACACGUCUUGGUGCCCUCAUCAUCAGUCUAAAUUAAGAGAAAGAGGCAUCUUUUUGUAACCAAAUUUAGUAAGUGGUAAACCUGCAUCUAUCCUCUCAGCAGGUGCGCUUACAAAAGGCACACGCCAGUACUAUAAGUGAAAGUAUAUUAAGCAAAUACUGAUCAGGGCAACAUUUCGCCCGCGGAUACUAAUUUAAAAACUUUUAUAUUACCGUGGGUCGUUUGUAUAGUGUAUGAAAUUAAAAAAAAAUUUAACAAUUGGCAACUUGUAAUUUGCGUAAUGGAAUAUAUUUCGCCCUGACUCGUCCGCGUCUAUCAGGCGUCGCAUCACCUCACAAAGCCAUUCAUUUAUUGACUGGGAACGUGUGUCGCAGUCAACAUUCAUUUUGUGCGACUUGACCUUAAGGUCAGCUGGGUGACGGGUCAAUGUUUGUGCUCGUGACAAUAAAAAGGAAGCUUCUACACCCUUAUUAUCAUUUAAUUCAGGUCAACUAUAAGUCGACAACGGCAAGCUCGAGUCCAAACUUUCAUCAACAGCCAUUUUCUUCUGUUGCGACUGAUGUCACACGAUACUCCCCUUACCAGCCUAAUAUGCCGUAUCAAGCCGAGGGAAAUUUUACUGAAUAUAACCCGCCAUACUCGGAUACAAACAUCACUGCACCUUUCUCGCAUGAACAGCAGUUUGGCGAUUUUAACACUCCUUACACUAGACCGACAUGUGAUGCUCCUAUAUUAGAAAGUGACAAGUACACACCGUCCGUUCAAUAUCCAGUUAGUGGCUAUUACGAGGGAGGAGAAACUCAACCGUCCUACAUUACCGAUUUUUAUCAUAAAUCUCCGUUUAUCCCUUACGAUCCAACCGAAGGAUCUCUUCUAUAUGACCGCCCGAAUAGCGUGUAUCAACACUUCUACUCUCCUGAUUCUAAUUUUAAUUAUUCACAAGCUGUUUAUAGAUCAGACUUAGCAACUGCUAACUCCGUUCCUAUAACACCUCAGAUGGCAGCAAAUUAUUCCAGGAGAGUUCCGCAUUUGGACAACGGCAGACGGCUCGAUAUCAAGUUUCCCCUUGGUAGUGGACAUUCGAGAUCCGAGAAAUCUAAUAGUGGCACUCAAAAGGAAAGUCAAUUAUGUGCAGUAUGUGGGGACAAUGCAGCAUGUCAACACUACGGAGUUAGAACAUGCGAAGGAUGCAAAGGCUUUUUCAAGCGUACAGUGCAAAAAAAUGCCAAAUAUGUUUGUUUGGCAGAUAAAAAUUGUCCAGUGGAUAAACGGAGGAGAAAUCGAUGCCAGUUUUGUCGCUUUCAAAAGUGUUUGCUAGUUGGGAUGGUAAAAGAAGUUGUUCGAACGGAUAGUCUAAAAGGCCGUAGAGGGCGCUUGCCAUCAAAACCGAAAAGUCCACAAGAGUCGCCACCGUCACCACCAGUAUCCCUGAUUACAUCACUCGUAAGGGCACAUGUUGACAACUCUCCGGACAUUCCAACUCUCGAUUACUCUCAGUAUGUGGUUGAUCCGGAAAAUUCACCUGUAGAUCAAAGGAGAGAGGCCAGUCAAAAUUUGUUUGAUUUACUCUCAUUUAGUAUUGAAGUUACAAGAAACUGGAGUGAAAAGAUCCCAGGUUUCACUGAAUUAUGUAAAGAAGAUCAAGAACUUUUAAUUCAGUCAUCUAGUCUGGACCUGUUCAUUCUAAGGAUCGCUUACAGGUAAAUCAAUAAUUAUACUGACAAUUUCUAAAUUGGUUUUUUCAGGGUACAAUUAAGAGAUGAUAGAAUCAUAUUCUGUAACGGAUUAGUAUUGAACAGGUUUCAAUGCCAACAAUCUUUUGGAGAGUGGAUUGAUUUGAUUUAUGAUUUUGGCUUAAGUUUACAUGCAGAUGGAAUUGAUCUCUCAGCCUUCUCUUGCAUGGAAGCUCUAUGUGCUGUAACAUUUCGCCAUGGAAUCAAAGAUACAAAAAAGGUAGAAGAAUUACAAAGUCGUGUAGUUAACACACUGAAGGAUCACUGUACAUUCAACAUUGAAGCCCAAAAGAAACCACGACUUUUUGCCAAAGUCCUUCUUAAACUCGCAACACUUAGAAAGUUAUCUCAAGAAGGCGUAAAAAGAUUGGAGAUGUAUAGGAAUGAGGGAACACUACCUCCAUUUUUGGAACAUUUAUUCUUUGUACUGCAACUACCUUUGUAAAUCUUAUAAAUGCUUUCUCUUAGGGGAGUGCCAUUCUUGUAAGCUAUAUUGAUAGGUAUAGUCGAUAUUAUAUCAGAUAGAAAUAUGUUAUGAAUAUUAUAAACAUUUACACACAGAUAAAUAUUGUGUAAUUUUCUGUAUUAUUAUCAUAAUUAUGUAAAAUUAUUCUGCGAUUAAAAACUCAUUGUAUUUUAUUAUGUCUGUUUAUAUUCAAAUAUUUAUUUAGAUUCGUAAUUUAAAAACAUUCUAACAAGUGUGUAUCUUAGUAUAUAUAAUACCAUAAGAAAGAACAAAAUUUUUCUUGCCAUUAUUUCUGUACUCAUGUCUCUGUUUCAAUAUAUUUGUCGAUGUAAUUACGCAUAAGACAAGUAAUUAAAUAAAUUUAUUCGGGAAUAAAUAAAUGUACAAG